AGACUGAUUUGAGUAAUGUCCCCUAUAUGUUUUACCACCUGUUCUUUCAACCAGAACUCUUUCCCCAGUGUUGGCAGAUGCAGUGCUGUAAGGGAGCUUGAAGAAAUCCGCAAGUGUGGAAUGAAGAAUUUCCGUAAUAUCCAAGUUGAUGAAGCUAACUUAUUGACUUGGCAAGGGCUUAUUGUUCCUGACAAUCCUCCGUAUGACAAGGGUGCGUUCAGAAUCGAAAUCAACUUUCCAGCAGAGUACCCGUUCAAACCUCCCAAGAUUACAUUUAAAACAAAGAUCUACCACCCCAACAUCGAUGAGAAGGGGCAGGUUUGCCUGCCAGUAAUUAGUGCUGAAAACUGGAAGCCGGCCACCAAAACUGAUCAAGUAAUCCAGUCCCUCAUAGCACUGGUGAAUGACCCUCAGCCUGAGCACCCACUUCGGGCCGACCUAGCUGAGGAAUACUCUAAGGACCGUAAAAAAUUCUGUAAGAACGCUGAAGAGUUUACAAAGAAAUAUGGUGAAAAGCGACCAGUGGACUAAAAAAAAUCUGGCAGAUUUGAUGUCAGCAAUGUGUGAUAGAAGACCUGGAGCAGUGCAUUUCAGACACACCACAAAGCAGGACUCUGGAAAAUUGACAAGUGCCACCUCUUGGUGUUAACUUGUGGCUGUUACUAACUUUCUACAGUUUCUUAAUCGAAAGUGGUUUAGGUAACCUGUAAAGAAAGGAUUAAAAAUUUAAGAUGUUCUAGUUCUGCUUUCUUUGUUUAAAAUCACUGCUUCAAUAUACUUUAAAGAAUGCUGUUUCUUUUUUUUUUUCCUUGUCAGAAUUUAUCAAAAAUAUCUUAGACUUAUAAUCUGCCCUUAAAAGUUCGGAAGGUUGUGGCUGUUACUUCUUAUUUUCCCCUGUAAGCCUUCCCCCUCCAUUUAAUAUUUUACUUUCCCUGAGCACCUUCCCUCCCCACUCCAAAAACCCACACACUGAUGUCUUAGCAAAACUACACUGUUGUCCUGACAAAAAGUUGAAUGUUUGGCAGUUUGCUUCCUUUUCCCUUCUCUUAAAUGUUGCACUGCGCUUUGUGGAACUUGGUCCCAAGUUUCUCCUAACUUCAGUUUGUAACAUAAUAAAUCCACCACAUGUAUUCCAUAAAAUAAUCAGAACUGAGCCCAGAUCUGAUGUAAAUCUGGCUGAUGUUACUUCAAUAAUGUUUAUUAAAUGGGGAACUCUAAGCUUUGUGUACAUGAAUGAAUUACAGUAAGACUUAUGAACUCUCCUGGGAAAUUUUUAACACAGGAUGUUCCAUAGCAAAGGAAUAGUGGGAUGUGAUUUUUUUUUUAAAAAGUCACUUUUAUUCUUAGUAUCUAUGCAGACUACCUAGAAUAAAUAAUUAACUGAGAAUAGCAUCACAAGCCAGUUCAACAAAAUUUCAAAUGAGGGACCAAGAGGCACCAAAGUGGAAAAAAACAAGGUUCCCCCAUCCUACCCUCCUUUUCGUGGGGAGGAUUAUAGAAGGAAUGCUCUGUGAAAUCUUAAGUUUUCAAAACAAAUUGCUAGCCAUUUAACUACAUAUAUCCACCAUAUUACAUUUCUCCUGUGGAAUGGCAAACUUACCUUUCCCUAAUGCAUUGUCUGAUUGUUCUUGAAAACACAAGACAUUUCCAUGAAGCAAUAAGUGGCCAAUAGAUGCAAAGGUUUCUGCCAUUCUUAAAUACCAGUAUGAAAUGCAGCAUUCUAGAAUUAGGCGAGCUAAUGUGGUUUCUUUUAGUCCAGGGCCUUCCUGCUUAAGUAGGGUGACGUUUCUCCCAUUUCAAACCAAACGCCCUUUCAAUUUAUUUUUAAACAUUCUAAGUUUAGGAUGCUGUAAAAAGUGAGCAAGCCAUGUGACCAAAGGUGGUUUCCCAGCCACUGAAGUUUUAAAUGCCUGGUUCAAGCGAACAUUUGGCCCAUCCCUUUAAAAUCUGAGUAGAGAACAAAAAGUACAUAUCAUCCUAAUUCACUAGUAAAUCCCUCUGCACCCAAAUGGGAGAUGUAAGAAGUCUUUUGCCUUUGCCAUGUUUCAGGGCUGAAGGAUGCAAGGGAGCAGUAAAGUAACCUUUGGGGUUUUAACUUUUUUUAUAUGACCUCUCCCCCACUCCUUUCCUACUCCAUCUUUUGAUUUAAAACCAUAAAAGAUAGACAGCCAAGUACCUCUGUUGAAAAGUGAAUUUUUUUUCUUUCUAAGUUGGGGGUAUGAAGCAUCUCUGUUUUAAGUGUUCUUAGACAAAAUACUUUGGUAGGCAAUUAGUCAAAAACUACCUUUACUUAACGGACACUUGCAUUUCCUAAGUGUGUGUCUUCAGGCUUGGUGACCAGCACUGUCUUAUUACCAAAAUUUCCACAAAUUUUUGUGUCUUCAUUUGCAGAAAGUUGGUACUGACUUUGUUUCAUUCACGCUCACGCAGAUUCAAAAUAAACAAAAAAUGCCAAA